AUGGCUUACUAUUCCAAAGAAGAACUGGAUGAAGAGUUUGAACAGUUCAUGAAAGAGCUUUCAGAUGACUCUUUUGAAAAUUCAAACAAAACAGCUAGACAACCUAAAAGAGAAGUGAAAAAGAAAGAUGCACUGCCAUGGUGGAUAACAGAAGAUGAUUUUGAAGAUGGUGGACAGCUGGGAACAAAUGUAAGCUAUUUGAAAACAAAGACGACUUCUCAGCCUAUUAUGGAAAUAGAAGAGGAGUCUGCUGAGAGGAUUCAGUUUCUCAAGAGCAGUGGAACCUCCAUCCUAAGUAUUGACAGCUUAGAAACAAAUGAGAGAGUAGUUUCUGAGAUCAAUCAAAGUGUACUCGGAUUGGGAUUGGACACAUUUGAAGAAAAAGAAGAAAAAGAGCAAUUUUUUGCCAGACUUGAGAAAGGGUUUACAUCUUCCAUUGAUUACUCAAGAUUAAAUAAGGAAUUGGAUUCUAAUGAUUCCACACAUUUUAAAGCUUUACAUAGUAAUCAAGCUAAUAUAGAAGAUAAACAUGAGAAUGAAUCAAAGCAUGAAGAACUGGCAGAAAAUUAUAGUGAUGAUUUUGAAGAUGAGGAGAUUGAUGGGCCUUUGACUACUAAAGAUGAAGAGACUAAUUCCAGAGAAAAUUCCAAAUCAGAAAAAAUAAAUGCCCCCAAACAGGAAGAAGAGAAUACUGGCAUGCUGGCCAAUGUGGUGCUGCUUGAUUCAUUAGAUUCUGUUGCAGAGGUCAACCUUGAUGAACAAGGUAAAGCAACUACUGUGCCAAAGGUUAUGCCCGAAAUAACUGACAAUGAAAUGACAGGAACAGGUGUUUCUUAUGGACAAAGCAAUAGUGAUAUUGAAGCUCUUCAUCAGGCUUAUUGUCAUAUAGCCCAUUCCUUGGGAGAUCCUGAUGAACAAAGAAUUGAGACUGCUGCCAUGGAAAAUGUCAAGAGCUCAGAGAAAGAUCAUCCUCAAGAAAAUGAGGAGUCCUCCAAAAACAUCUCUACUACGGAAUCUGAUCUGCCCACAGUAGAGGAGCUGAUGAAAACUAUCAGAAUAGAUUCCUUUGGGAUCAGUGGUUUGGAAUUACAAUCUAUAAGCUAUAAAAAACAGGCUGAUAGUAAAGAAACUGAAGUCAUAAGCCCCUUACCCCUUAAGAUGAAGCCAAAUGUGUCUCAAGAGCCACAACAUGUGAAUCAAUUAUUUGACAAAAAUGAAGAGAAUGUGGUUUUACAAAAGACAACAAAUGAAAGUAUAGAAAAUUGCUGCCUCAGAGUAAAUACUACAGAAGAAUGUAUAGAUAAAAUGUACCUUGAUAUUUUGCGGAAAAAAUUAUCUGUUGCUCCUUCAGUGUUACCUCAGGAGGACAAAAUAAAGAAAACUUUUAGAUCUCAACUCAGUUCUGGAGAAGGGGCUGUAAUUGAUAAAGAGGUACCAUACAAGAAAGCCAGAAGUGCACCUCCUUUACUUAAAAGAAAGCCCCAGAGUGGUGUAUAUGCAUCAGUUAGGAGCUCGGGCUAUGGAAAACCCAGUUCACCAUGUAAGACUUCUACUCUUGAAAAGAAAACUUCAAAGGACAUGAUAAAAAGCAAAAUCUUGAGAUCCAUUCUCACCUCAAAUCAAGGCAGAAAAAAAGAAAUCUUAUCUGAAACAAAACUCAAGCCUGCUGCAUUCGGUAAACCAGCUCUCAAAACUUCAAGUUGCCUGGCUACUCCUAAGAAGUCUGAAGAUGCUACAGAAAUUGGUUCCUGUGUUCAUUUUCAAAAUGAUUCUUCAGGAUAUCGUGAUGGGAACAUGGACAAAGAAUCAAUUAUGUUUAAAAGAGUUCAGGAAGCAGAGGAAAAAUGGAGGGGUGCACAAGCCUUAAUUGAGCAAAUUAAAGUCACAUUCUCCGAAAAAGAGAGAGAGUUAGAAAAUAAGGUGGAAGAACUAAAAAGACAACAGGAAAAGGAACUCUUCAAAUUGAGUCAGGACAAUUAUAUUCUUCAAACCAAGUUAAAUAGCUUUGGAGAAACAAACAAAAAACAAAGGUGGUUACAUGUUGGAGAAACAACCAAUCCUGUCACUGAAGAAAAAUUGAAGCAAAUCCAAAAAGAAAUACAAGAACAAGAGACACUUCUUCAAGGAUACCAACAGGAAAACGAAAGACUGUAUAAUCAAGUGAAAGAUCUCCAAGAACAAAACAAGAAAAAUGAGGAACGAAUGUUCAAGGAAAACCAGAGUUUAUUCAAUGAGUUAGCAACCUUAAAAGAACAGAUGCAAAGAAAUCGUUUCCUGUCUCAAGUAGUUGAAGAUUCAGAGCCCACGAGAAACCAGAAUUUUACAGAUCUGUUAACAGAACUACGCAUGGCACAAAAAGAAAAAAAUAGUUUAUUGGAAGACAUCAAGAGACUGAAACAAGACAAACAAGCUCUUGAAGUAGACUUGGAAAAAAUGAAGAAAGAGAGAGACCACGCCAGAGAUCAGGUUGCUUAUGUCACAGGUGAGAAAUUAUAUGAAAUAAAAAUUUUAGAAGAAACGCAUAAACAAGAAACCAGUCGUUUGCAGAAAAGAAUACAGUGGUAUGCAGAAAAUCAGGAACUUCUGGAUAAAGAUGCAGUUCGACUUAAAGAAGCAAAUGAAGAAAUUGAGAGGCUCAAGCUUGAGGCUGAGAAACUGAAAGCUGAAUAUGGAAAUCCAUCUCUUCAGAGGAAGACACAUUUAAAAGAUAAAGCAGCUGAUGCCAAAAGAAUUCAGGACCUAGAGCGACAAGUUAAGGAAAUGGAAGGAAUUCUAAAGAGAAGAUAUCCUAAUUCUUUACCUGCUUUAAUAUUGGCUGCAUCAGCAGCUGGUGAUACAGUAGAUAGAAACACAGUGGAAUUUAUGGAAAAAAGAAUAAAAAAACUAGAAGCUGACCUGGAGGGCAAAGAUGAAGAAGCAAAGAGAAGCCUUCGUACCAUGGAACAAGAGUUUCAGAAAAUGAAGAUUCAGUAUGAACAGAGACUAGAGGAGCAGGAACAGCUACUUGCCCACAAAUUGAAGGCAGCAUCUCAGAACCAACAUGACAACUCUUCCAGGGUUAAAGCAUUAGAGAAGGAACUUGACGACAUUAAGGCAGCACAUCAAAUCACUGUAAAAAACCUUGAAGCUGAAAUAGACACGUUUAAACAACAGAAUGCUGAAUUAGAACUCAAGAAAAAUAGAGAUGAUAAAGAUUUCCAGUCCAUCGAGUUCCAAGUGGAACAGGCUCAUGCUAAAGCUAAACUGGCAAGACUCAACGAGGAGCUGGCGGCAAAGGGGAGAGAAAUCCAGGACCUUUCGAAAACUGUGGAGAAGCUUCAGAAGGAGAGAAGGAUGAUGCUAUCCAGUCAGAACUCUAAGGGGAGGGAGGAAAUGACUGCAAAAAGGGUAAAGAAGGAUGUUUCCCACCCAGGUAAAGGAAAUGCCAGCUCCUUCCCUGGGACCCUGGAUGGCAAGCUUUACCAACCACAUACUUUUACCGAUUCCCACAUUUCCGAGGUUUUACAAGAAAACUGCAGAUUGAAAAAUGAACUGGAGAAAGUAAUUGUGGAGAGGAAUGAGUUGAAGAUGAAAUCUGAUAUAGCUAUGAACCAGUUUGAGAAUUCCAUGAAAAGGGUCAAGGAAGACACUGCAGCACACAUCACCUCUCUCAAAGCAUCUCAUCAAAGGGAAAUUGAGAAACUCCUUUGCCAAAACGCAAUAGAAAAUUCCUCUUCCAAAGUAGCUGAACUAAAUCGUAAAAUAGCCACUCAAGAGGUACUUAUAAAACAUUUCCAAAAUCAAGUUAAUGAGCUGCAAGAUAAACAAGAAUCUCUUAUGGUUUCUCAAGUUCGAGAAGAAAUCCUACAGAAAGAGAUUACAAAACUCUUAGAAGAAUUGAGAGAGGCCAAAGAGGACCAUACCCCAGAGAUGAAACAUUUCAUGGGCUUAGAAAAGAAAAUCAAACAGAUGGAAAUGAGACAUAAACAAAGAGAGCAAGAACUUCAACGGAUAAUACAGCAGACACACCAAGUAGUAGAAACUGAGCAAAACAAAGAGGUUGAGAAAUGGAAAAGACUCGCACAGCUGAAGAACCGUGAGCUGGACAAGUUCCGCACAGAAUUGGACUCGAUCUUGGAUGUCCUGCGAGAGCUGCAGCGGCAGGGGGUGGUGGUGCCCGGCGCCCUAGCGGAGGAAGUGAGCGCGCCACAGUUUUAA